AUGGACAAAGUGGAAAGUCAAGAUUUAGAUUUACAUGGAAAUGAUGUUUCUACCAUUUCUGAUGAUAGUGUAGAUAGAGAAGACAAAAGAAUUCUAGAUUCUAUGUCUGGUUUAUUGAUUAACAUUAAUAAUAUCAUCGGCGUGGGAAUAUAUAGCACUCCGGGGAUAGUAUGGGAGGAAACACGAUCUGUCGGAUUAUCUUUAAUUUUAUGGAUUCUCGGAGGGUUCAUCAGCUUAUUCGGGAGUCUGGUAUAUGCUGAACUCGGCCUUAGAGUAAAAAGAGGCGGAGGAGAAGUCGUGUACCUAAUGGAAGCAUUCAGAUACCCCCGGUAUCUGCUCUCCUACAUUUUCAGUCUCGCCAUGAUAAUGGUUAUCCGUCCCGGGACAAUUAUUGCUGACUCCAAUAUAUUCUCCCAGUAUAUUGUUUAUGCGUUUUCAAACCAUGACUGUAUCGAAUCAUCGCUUCAUCCAAAAUCAUAUUUAACCGGAUGGGAGUUUUGGAGAAUUCGAUUGAUUUCAUUGGCAAGUGUCACUUUUGUGACUUUGUAUCAUAUGUACUCUAACCGGCUGGCCAACAACAUCAAUAAAUGUUUAACAAUAAUCAAAACCUGUACAUUAAUUGCUGUUUCGUUGAUUGGCUUGAUUAAACUGAACUCAUCGAUAAAUAAAGACAAUUGGAACCAUUUAUUUGAUGAAACUCAGUUAACUCCACAUUCACUUGCAUUAGCCAUGAUCGACUCGAUCGACGAGCUUAAAGCCCCUGAAAACAAACUUAUGAACAGUAACCGUUAUAGUGUGAUCAUUGUCGAUAUCUUUACAAAUAUUGCAUAUAUUUCCGUCGUACCGAGAGAACUUGUGAUUCGCCCAGAACAAAAUCCAAAUGAAGUAAUUGCAGGGCAAUUCGCCAUGAUUGUCGGUGGAGAAAUAUUCGGAAGAAUCUUGGCAUUUUUGAUCAGUAUUUCUGCACUAGGUGUUAUGGCAGUGUUAAUAUGGAGUGGAUCACGUGUAAUUGUAGCAGCAGCCAAACAUAAUUACAUCCCAGUAUUUUCACACUUAUUAAAACAAUGGCAUCCUACAUACAAUACACCGGUCUAUGCUUUAGGAGCACAUUCUUGGAUUUAUUACACGCUAAGCGCAAUUGGAUUAUUUGUUCUUAGAAAACUCGACGGAGAUGGUUACAAUUUAUACAAGGUUUCUACACCACUGAUAUAUAUGUUUAUUAUGGCGGGGGUGUUUAUUGUGACCGCACCAUUCUUUACACCAGAUACACAAUAUUACUCAGAAAAUUAUAAUAAUUCAAUUAGUAAUACAACUUUGCCAUUAACAACUUCGGAUUUAAAUUGUCCGUUAAAUACCAAAGAUACAUAUCCUUACUAUAUACCAUACUUGAUGAACCGAGAUUUUUGUAGUAAUAAUGAUAGGAGAGACAGAAGAAAUGAUGGCCAAGAAGAUAAGGAUUUGCAACAACAACAACAAGAUAAUGAUAGAAUUGAUGUUGAUGAAAUUCGAAUUCCCACUAAAUAA